GGUUGUGCCGAUGCGAAGGCCAGACUCUCCAACGGGUCACCUGUGCAGCAAGAGCAAGAACAAGGGCCGCCGCGCGCCAAAACCCAACACAACACGGCCCAGCUGACUGGACUGGACAGGGCGGCGUGACGGAGCAGCAGCCAUGGGGAUUCAGGAUAAAAAGGACGUGAACUUACCAUGGGUAGAAAAGUAUCGACCUGAAACUCUGCAAGAACUGAUCUCUCAUGAAGAUAUCAUUGCCACCAUUGAGCGCUUCAUUGAUGCAGAUCAUCUGCCUCAUCUCCUUUUGUAUGGACCACCUGGUACAGGAAAGACUUCCACUAUUUUGGCUUGUGCUCGUAAACUUUACUCACCAAAGGAGUUUAACUCAAUGGUACUGGAACUUAAUGCCUCUGAUGACCGUGGCAUUGGCGUAGUGAGGGAGAGGAUCUUGAACUUUGCAAGUACGCGAACCAUUUUCAAAUCAGGUUUCAAAUUGGUUAUCCUAGAUGAAGCUGAUGCCAUGACCAAUGAUGCCCAAAAUGCUCUAAGAAGAGUGAUUGAAAAGUUUACAGAAAAUGUUAGAUUUUGUCUCAUCUGCAACUAUCUGAGCAAGAUUAUUCCUGCCAUUCAGUCCCGCUGCACACGCUUCAGGUUUGGCCCACUCUCCUCAGAGCAGAUCCUUCCAAGACUGAAUUAUGUCAUAGAACAGGAACAAAUAAAUGUUUCUGAAGAUGGUAGAAAAGCCUUGCUGACACUGUCUGGUGGAGAUAUGAGGAGAAUUAUAAAUAUUCUUCAGUCCACAUCAAUGGCAUUCAAUGAAGUAACAGAAGAUAAUGUGUACAUGUGUGUAGGCCAUCCUUUGCGUUCUGACAUCACUAACAUCCUGAAUUGGGUGUUAAAUGAAGAGUUUGAAACUGCUUAUAAAAAAGUGUCAGAGCUCAAGGUUGCAAAAGGAUUUGCUCUUCAAGACAUCCUGGCUGAACUCCACACUUUAUCUCAUAGAAUUGAAUUUCCUGUGGAAGCAAGAAUACAGUUAGUGCAGGACUUAUCAGAGGUGGAGUGGCAUCUGUCUGCAGGAGCAUCUGAAAAGAUACAACUUUCGGCAGUCAUUGCAUCAUUCGCAAAAGUUAAACACAUGGUUGCGGAAAUGGCAACCUAAUGAGAAUAAGUUAAGCGUUUGUAAACUCAUUAAGUUUUAUUAUCAGUAAUAAAUAAAGUUCUGGUAACCUUGUUGUACAUUAUUAAUCAUUCAUUUCACUUGUCUUCUUUUGAGGAGAUUCAAUAGUGAUUGUGACAGGUCCAUCAUUUUCAAUGUGCACUUGCAUCAUUGCCCCAAAUUUUCCAUCUGUAAAAAUGGGAGAUGUUUGUUAGUUAAAAAAAAAAUUGUAAUAAAAUUUUUAAAUACA